UUUUGAGCGCAAAAAACUCAUCAACAGAUGCUCGCCCAUCAAAGGGCAUUUAAGUGGUUUUCCAUUGAAGUCCUAGGAAGGCAGUGAACAUUGUGGUUUGCAUUUAUUUGCGUGGCAAUAUUUAGUAUUAUUUCACUUAGCCGUCGCACCUGGCAACGUUUUCAAACCUCGCCAAUGGUCAUAUCAAUGGAUCGUAAUAAAUUGGUUUGGAAUACCAGCUUUCCAUCAUUGACUGUGUGUCCUCAUAAACGCAUCGAUGAGCUUAAAGUUGAGGAAUAUAUUAUGUCCCACCCCGAUGUCUUUGCCGCUGACGAGGAUAAGGAAGGCUUUAAGGAUUUCGUUGACAAGUUGGCUCGUCUCUCCUACGAUAACAUCGAACAUUUGCCCAUGAACAAGACCUAUGGCAUUACCAGUGACAAAUACUUGGAUUUACUGUACGAAUUGAAGUGGCAAUUUGAGCCGGAAAUUAGCAGUGGUGCUGCUGUCAAAAUGUUUAUUUAUGAGACACAAACUGAAUUUGGAAUUUGUCAUUCGGUGAAUAGUCUGGUGGCACGCUACAACUCAUACGAGUAUUGGAAGAAUAAUGAAUGGGAUAUAUUAGAUCAUGGUGAAAGGGUGACAGUGCAUCCGCUGGAUGGUGAAAUUUAUGCUCAAAUUAUUAAUUUAUCCACAGCCUAUGAUGUGUAUUUUCAUAGUUCGGGCGAUAUACCGAGCAUAACAAAGCAACGUUAUACAUUUCCCGAAACCGAUUAUACCACAGUGGAGCUAAUUGCCUUAGAAAUUUACACAGAUAAGGCGGCUAAAGCUUUUUCCACCAAACAGCGUAAAUGUCGCUUUAAAUACGAGUCGGAGGAAAUGCUAACGGCACCCAUCUAUAGUUUUGGCCUGUGUUUGGCUGAGUGUCGUUUGUUUUUGGCUUUAAGAGUUUGCAGUUGUGUGCCUCAUUUCUAUAGGAAUACAUUGCGCAAUGGACGGGUUUUGCCCAUCUGUGGUUUAAGGGGAUUGUUUUGUAUUUCUAAACUAAAAAAGGAAAUGGUAUCUUUAAAAUCUAGUCGCUACAAAAUUGACUGCAAUUGUCUGGCCAAUUGUGAUGACUCCAAUUUCUUUGUACAAUCUUAUCGUUCUCGUGUCUGGUUCUUGGGUGCCAAUUUACAAUGGGGCAUUAUAGACUAUCCCAAGAUGCAAUUGCGUCGCAAUGUUAUAUUUUCAUUUGCUGAUGUCUUGGUUUAUAUUGGCGGUCUAGUGGGGUUCUUCUUGGGUUGCAGUGCCCUGAGUUUUAUGGAAAUUAUUUACUAUUUUACCAUAAGGUUUGCCAGGAAAUUGAUGGCUUGAAUUCAUAUUAAUGUUCUAGAUAUAUAAUGC